UCGUGCAGGUUUUUUAUUUUUAUUAUUAUUAUUUUAUCUUUUUUUUCUUGAGGGGGGACGGGGGGGAUGUAUGACAGGAAGAUGGGGAUAUGGCGAGGAGAGGGGGAUAUGGAGAGGAGGAGGAGGAUGUGGACGAGGAGGACGACGAGGAGGAGUCGAGAUGGGGGAGGAAAAGAGAUGGACGGAAGGAAAAGAGGAAGGGAAGGAGGAGGAGGAGACAUGGACAGCGAGGAAGGGGAGAACACGAGGAAGGGCAGGAGACGAGGAGGGAUGGAAGAUGAGGAAAUACGGGGAGCAGGAGGAGACAAGGAGGAUGAGGAAGGGCAGGAGGAGGACGAACAGGAGGACGACGAGUCGGAGGAGACGAAAAGGAGAAGGAAGGAGAAUACAUGGAAGAUGAGGAAGGGGAGGAGGAGCAAGAUCGGUAGUGGACAGGCAUAUGGGGGUACGAUUGGAUACGCAGGAGGGGGAGGGAGAAUGGGAGGAGGGAAUAACGCAUGCUUCAAUUGCGGAAAGUUGGGACACAUGGCGCGCGAUUGCUGGUCGAGGCAAGGGAGAAACAUGGGGGGAUUACAAGGAGAUCCGGAACUGGAGGAAAUCAAGGAAGAGUUUAGGCUGGCUCAUAAAGAGAAAACGGAACAGGAGGAGAAGAGGAGAAAGGAAGAGGAGAAGAGAAUUAGAGAAGAGGAGGAGACCAGGAGAAACUUGGACUUCGCGAGGAAAGCUGAGGAGUUCAAGUUGCAGUUGCGAGAUGAACUACUAGAGGAAUGGAGGAAGAACCAUGCAGAUGCUGUGAAAUCAACGGAGAAGAUUGGAAAAUCUGCAAAGAAGACGGAAAAGAAAAAGAAAAAGAAAAAGAAGAGGUACCGGAAAGAACACGGCAGACCGAAGAGGCAAAGGGCACGAAGGAGCAGGGGACGUGACGAUUCAAGUGAGGAUUCAGAAUCCUCGUGCUCGACUGACGACGAGUCGAACACGUCAGACGAUACGUCAUCGGGAUCUGAAUCGGGUGGGAAGAUCACACGAGACAAGAUUUACUUUAACUUACCGAAGCAUGAGGCACAUGUGCUGACGAGCUUCGCUGAUCUGGAUUUACCAGGUUUUGUGAAAAAUGCGAGAAAUAUUACGAGACCGGCAAAAGCUAAUAGCGUGGAAAUGAUUGCACGCGCUAUCGUAAAGGCAUGCAAGCAUCUUAAAGGGGUGUCAAUACCUGCUGCAGUAGACUUAGAAGAGGUAUGGUCUGACAGAAGGGAGGAGACAGCGGCAUGGACAGACAGCGAGGUAAUUGAGUGGGGUAACCGUUUUAAGGGGUUGGUGAUGACGCCGAUAGAUCGGAAUCAGGGGGAUACCGCUGUCAUGUGCCCAAUCCUAUAUCGACACGGGUUCGGGAAGACCUUCGCCUGGGAGGCGAACUACGAACUCAUCGGUGGAUUGGAUUUGGAAAUAGACAUCGUCAAGGAAACCAGGGAGGAUUUCCAUAGGCACCACUUGGACACGAUAGGUAAGUGGAGGGUCGAUGUUAGACUGGGGGCAGCAUAUGUCAUCCUGAAGCACAAGGAACUCACCCGUUGGAGGCCUAUUGCACCAGCACCAGUGGGCCCUGCUGCGCUUGCGCAGAAAAGAGUAGCGAAAGCACUGCAUUGCUUGCUGAAGCGACUGUCUGAGAAUAGCACGUUCUAUCUUAACUCUAUUUCCGAGUUGUCUGGACAGUUGAGUGCCAUGACGGUGAGAAUGAGAGCGACAGGAUGCGAGCGAGCAGUAGGGAGAUGCUACGACAUUAAGGACAUGUUUUUCAGGAUACCGCACGAUGCUGUUAAGGAUGCGGUGCUACAGUUACUAAGGAAGUAUGAAGAUGAGGGGGUCAAAUAGGUAAGGGUAUCCAUGAGGGGAAAGAUGUGUGCAAUCAGCCUGAACAAAAAGAAAAUGGACGG